CUUUUCUCUCAGUGAGCGUGACAUUUCCUUUAAUCAUGCGUCUCCUUUUUAAAAAAAGAAGCAAACACCAAUCACCGGAGAAUGCAGGUUGAGCAACUUCUUUCUGAGGUCAACCAGCAGCCUUUUCAAAGGGAAGUGGGGUGGCUGACAGAUCGAGGAACUUGACACAAUAGAACUGGUCAGUGAGUCUUGGGGUUUCAUUUUCAACUCUCACAAAAGGAAGAGGGUCCCUGGGAUCUCCUGGAGAACCCAGAUUUUCCAGCGGAGAGAUUCCCCCGCCAUGGGAACCAGGACCAUGAGGAUUUUCUCUGUUUUGCUUUGGAUUCUUUUCCCAGGCUGCUGGGCGGUGACGGGCCCCGGGGCAGUGCGCGGGCCCCUGGGCGGGUCGGUGGCUGUGCGGUGCCAGUACCCGAGCGGCUCUGAGAAGUAUCCGAAGUUCUGGUGCCGGGAAGGAGGAGUUUGGGCAGGAGGAGGUUUGCGCUGUUCCAACGGGCUUCACAUCGUGGAGACCAAUGGGUCGGAGGCCGAGGUGAGGCGGGGCAGAGUCUCCAUCCGGGACAAUCACACCGAGCUCGCCUUCACCGUGACCGUGGAGAACCUGACCCUGGCAGACGCCGGCACGUACCAGUGCGGGGUCUGGAGGGAUUGGCGUUCUGACCCCAGGGCCGCUGUGAAACUCACCGUCUCCCCAGCUGUUCCUUAUACAAUUCAGACUGAAACAACACCACAAGGAACAAAGCAGCCAGAUGUGUCUUCUCCAACAAAGGCUGAAUCCAGUUUCUCCCCUACCACACACACCACUCCUACACGAUUCCAACCCAUCAUCAUCGGUUUCCUGCUCCUGGUCUUAUUGAAGGUUCUCCUCCUCCUGUGCAUUGUCUGUGUGCUGAUCUGGAUGAGCGUACGCUACAGGAGGAGUCACAGGGAGAUGGUGCCAGACAGACAAGCUCAUGAACUGCCUCUUUGCUAGCUCUUAGAAAUGGAUCGGAACCGGCAGACGGAGGAUUCAUUUUCCAGCUUUGUGCAGAAUAUCCCACACCAUGGGCCUGAUUUUCUUCUGAUUUUCUUCUCAUGUCAAGUGAAGCUAUUGCCCUCACGUUCUCCGAGGAUGAAGUCUGCCGGAGGUGUCUGUCUCGACGGUUCCCAGGCCCAGGAACCCAGGUUCUUAUCAGGGGGUUGGAGAGCCCAGGGGCAAAUUCAUGCCUGGUUUAAGCAAGCGUAACUCCACUGAAGUCCCAGAACCAAACACAAGGUCAGAGCCAGCAGUGACAGAGGCUGCCCCUGAGUCAGCUGGGCUCUACAUAGUCACAGUGACCUGAGGUGAAAAGCGGGAGCUGCCACCAGGUGUUCUCCAGAAGGGAUUCUGUACCUGGAAUUCCCUUGAUCCGGAUCCUCCCAGAUCUGGUGACACUGCAAAGGCCAUCUCAUUUUCCAGGCUUCUGGGGAGCUGGGCUGUACUAAGACCUGGGAUUUGUGCAUCGAGGCACGGGGUCACGCUAAUGGAAUAACAUUUUUUCCUAAAGCGAAGCCAUUUAUGAAAGAAAACAGACGCAACUGCACAGGGAGACAGACUUCCACACAGCUUGAGUCCCAGCUUGCCUGCUUGCUUACCCAGCCCCACACCCUCUCUGGGACAACGUACAGUUCACACAGACCCCUACUGGGUGAAUGAUGGAACUGCAAGCACACAUAUAAUUGUCGAAUAUUCUUUUUAACCCCUUCCUAGAUUUGGGGAAGCUGCUGUGUUUAUUUUUGUUUGUACUCGUUUGUAUUUUUAGUUUAUGGCAAAUGCACCUGGAGCCCUGGAUAGAAUUUUUAAUGUUUUAGAUAAGUAAAUAAAUAGAUACAAUAUUUUACAUUAAACUACUGUAACAUUACAGUGACCAAAAUUGUCACACAUUGAAUUGUAGUCCAUGUCCGUCUGUUCUGAGCAAGAACAUGGAACAAUGAACAAAGCAUGAACGGACAGUAGCCUUUUAAAUCUGUAAAAGACAUCGCUAGUAGAAAAGAGAUAGUAGGAUCGUAGGCAACAUGUGAUUGCUUGCAGCAUGUGUACAGCUCAUGAUCUAGACAGGGAUUGGGUACAAAAAUAAGUGGACCAAUCACAGAGUGUGUGAUCUGAUCUAUUAACCAGUAGUAUUAAGUGUAAGUAUGUCUAGAAGCUGAGUCAUGAUUGUGUACAUUGGAUGUGUGGUAUACCCUGUUCCCACCCCCUACACUUGAGCCUGAUCAACUCAAGUACAGUUUGAUUGUAUGCCAAUAAAGAAACCUCAGUGAUGCA